ACCAUAUCUCACACCCAUCAAUACCCAUCACCGUUGCCUUCAUCCCUUCCAUCUUCCACAGUGGACGAAGACCCAGCACCCAAGUAGCCUUAUUAUAUCCGUCCAAGAUGGGAGACGUAGCCGUUCAGAAGCGCCCCGCUAUACUGCCCUUGACCGAUCCAUCUUACGGCACCCUCGACAGCUCCCUGGGGGAUAACAACGAUUACGCAAAACUCAAGAGGCUUCAGCGGCAUCUAGAGUAUGUCUCCCUGGACCCUGGAGAUUGGUCUGCCGCUGGCUGUGGUGAUGGGAAUGAUGACUGAUAGCUCUGGGAAUCUAGGUAUAUUACUUUGCAGGAGGAGUAUAUCAAAGAUGAGCAGCGGUUCGUUUUUGCCCCCCCGGGUGUUCAGGACUGAAUGUAUCGGUUGGCGGAUGCUGAUUGUCCGAUAGAAGUUUGAAGCGAGAACUUGUUAGAGCGCAGGAGGAGAUUAAGCGGAUCCAGAGUGUACCGUUGGUAAUUGGACAGUUUAUGGAGGCGAUCGAUCAGAAGUAUGUCCCCUACCCCCCUGCCGGACCCGAUGAAUAGGUGGGGCGGUGGUGGUGGAUCGAUGGAUACUAAUGCUUGGCUCUACAGUACCGGAAUCGUCCAAAGCUCGACGGGAUCAAACUUUGUUGUUCGCAUAUUAUCUACCCUUGAUCGGGAGCUCCUCAAGCCUUCAUCGUCUGUCGCUUUGCACAGGCAUUCGAAUUCCCUCGUUGAUAUUCUUCCCCCCGAGGCAGACUCGUCCAUUGCCAUGCUGGGAGCUCACGAGAAGCCCGAUGUUACCUACGCUGAUGUCGGAGGGCUGGACAUGCAAAAGCAGGAGAUCCGUGAGGCCGUUGAACUUCCUCUCACGCACUUUGAUCUUUACAAGCAGAUUGGUACGUCGAAUCUUGGAAUAAGUUGAACGGAGUUGUGAGUUUUAUCCUUUGUGUAGUACUUUUACUGAUUUCUACCCAGGGAUCGAUCCUCCGCGGGGUGUUCUAUUAUACGGCCCACCUGGAACUGGAAAGACCAUGUUGGUAAAGGCUGUUGCUAAUAGUACUACAGCAUCCUUUAUCCGUGUGGUCGGUUCCGAGUUCGUCCAAAAAUAUCUUGGUGAAGGUCCUCGAAUGGUUCGUGAUGUUUUCCGCAUGGCUAGGGAGAACUCUCCUGCUAUUAUAUUUAUCGACGAGAUUGAUGCCAUCGCUACAAAGCGGUUCGAUGCGCAAACUGGUGCCGAUCGCGAAGUGCAGCGUAUCUUGCUGGAGCUACUAAAUCAAAUGGAUGGGUUUGACCAAACCUCGAAUGUUAAGGUAAGUCUCCCCGACGGGAGGGAUGGGUAUCGGGUUUAUUGUUUUCUCGAAUCUAAGUUUUAAAUAGGUUAUUAUGGCUACCAAUCGUGCUGAUACCCUCGACCCUGCUCUCCUCAGACCUGGUCGUCUGGAUCGUAAAAUAGAGUUCCCGUCGCUCCGCGAUCGUCGUGAAAGACGCCUUAUCUUCACCACCAUUGCUUCAAAAAUGUCACUCUCUCCUGAGGUUGAUCUGGAUUCGCUGAUUAUUCGGAACGAUCCCCUUUCAGGAGCCAUCAUCGCCGCCAUCAUGCAGGAGGCUGGCCUGAGAGCAGUAAGGAAGAAUAGGUACAAUAUCAUUCAAGCCGAUCUGGAAGACGCGUACAGCAGCCAGGUCAAGGGUGGCAACGAGGCGGAUAAGUUUGAAUUCUAUCGUUAAAUCAACAACUUGUGUAGAGAUGUUUUGUAUUUUUAGAAAUGAAAUGGGGUUGUUAUGGGUA